AUGUCUGAGGGCGGCAGUCGGGGCGACGUGGCAAUGAGGGCGGACGCGAACGUCCACAGGCCAGGGCUCACUCCGGAGGAGAUGGCGGCCGGCUACGACGAGUGGUCCGAGAACUACGAGGAGAUGAUGAUCUGGAAAGGCGGGUACCGUGGCCCCGCCAUCACGCUGGAGGAGGCGCUGCGUUGCGUACCCCCGGAGCGGCGAGCCAAGGCCAGGGUGCUGGACGUGGCCGCCGGGACGGGCUGCGUGGGCAGCGAACUCCACCGGGAAGGCUUCAGCCACUCCCACAGGCACAUAGACGCUGUGGACCCGUCGGAGGGCAUGAUGAAGCUGCGGGAGACUGGCAUCUAUACCAACGACUUCCUGGAGUUUAUCGGCAUCGGACACUCCACCGUGCCCAAAGACACAUACGACCUGGUGGUCAUCUCGGGCGGUAUGGGCGAAGGUCACAUCCCACUCAGUGGCCUCGACGAUCUGGUGCGCGUCGCAAAGAACGGAGGCUUCGUGAUCAUCGUGAUGCGCCAUGAGUACCUACAGACCGUGCCUUCCUACAAGGACAAGCUGGAGCCUUACAUGGACCAGCUGGAGGCGGACGGGAAGUGGAAGAAGGUGGAGCGGCGCACCGUCCCAAACUAUUUAUGUGACAAGGAGGGUCUCGUCUUCGUCUUCCGCAUCACUAAGCCUGAGUGAGGAGAAAGAGGAGGGAAGGGAAAGGAGAGAGAUGAGGAGGAGUUAUAGUGGUGCUGUGCCAAGUCCGUCUCUGUGUAACAGCCUUGGCUUUCGUCGCGGCACCCGAGACUGAGGUGUGAAUUAUCGUGCUCUGGCAACCUGGUGUCAUGGCGUCUACGAUGAUAUAUGAUAGUCUACGCAUAGGACACAUUUGUCAGUAUUAAUCAUAUUAUUGGAAUUGUCGUAAAAAUCUGUUUUAGAUUAUAAGGCUGAGGCUGCAGAAUGCUUAACCUCAGACCUUGCUAUCAUCUCCGAUUGGGAUAAAAGGAACCUUGUGUCCUUCAAUGCCUCAAAAACCCAAUUUAUCCACCUAUCAAUCUUCCAAACACCUAUCCCCUAUUCUUCAACUACACUCAGCUGUCACCUUAUAAUUCUUCAAAACUAAAUAUCCUCGGUCUAUCCUUAACUCAAAAUUUUACCUGAAAACUUCCCAUCUCUUCUCUCACUAAAUCAGUUUCCUCGAGGUUGGGCGUUCUGUAUCGUCUCCUCCAGUUCUUCUCCCCCGCACAGCUGCUAUCCAUAUACAGGGCCCUUGUCCGCCCUCGUAUGGAGUAUGCAUCGCACGUGUGAGGGGCUCCACCCACACAGCUCUUGUCUACCUUUCGGCCACUCCUCUGUUUAAAAAAAAAAUAAGGUCGCUGAUUAUGUAACUGUAUGUGUGUGUGCGUGUGUAAUAGCAAGUUGCCAGAGCACGAUAACGAAGACCUCAGACUCGUGUGCUGCGAUCAUAGUAUAUGUUUAGGAAUGCUUGGUCUGGGUCUUGGGGUCUUGAUGAUGUACAGACAUGUAUAUAUAUAAUAAACGGGUGCCUACUUCCCCUCAGAAUCAUAUUAAUCUUUGUUUGUUUCUCAAGUUAAUUUAAGUGAUUACUCUUCCUAAUUUUAAAUGCGUCUGCUGUUCCUAAUUUUAAAAGCGUCUGCUGUUCCUAAUUUUAAAAGCGUCUGUUGUUCCUAAUUUUAAAAGCGUCUGCUGUUCCUAAUUUUAAAAGCGUCUGCUGUUCCUAAUUUUAAAAGCGUCUGCUGUUCCUAAUUUUAAAAGCGUCUGCUGUGGCCCUACGUGGCGCAAUGCAGAGGAAAUUAACUUAUUUAAUCUGAAAGUAAAGUGAAAUGAUCAGCAAUUAAAGUUAAGUAACAGAGUAGUGAAGUAUAUGUGGCAGCGAGCAUGUGGAAGGAUGA